GAGACCAUGAUGGCGGCGGCACUUGGGCCCUCAGAAGUGAUCGCCCAGCUGGAGAACGCGGCUAAAGUUCUGAUGGCACCGCCUUCCAUGGUCAACAAUGAACAACGCCAGCAUGCAGAGCACAUAUUCUUAUCAUUUAGGAAAUCGAAGUCACCAUUUGCAGUUUGCAAGCAUAUUUUGGAAACAAGCAAGGUGGACUAUGUCCUCUUUCAAGCUGCCACGGCCAUCAUGGAGGCAGUGGUCCGGGAGUGGAUUCUCUUGGAAAAAGGCAGCAUCGAGUCACUGCGAACAUUCCUUUUAACCUACGUCUUACAGAGGCCCAACCUCCAAAAGUAUGUUCGGGAACAGAUUCUCUUAGCAGUAGCAGUAAUUGUAAAAAGAGGCUCACUAGAUAAGUCAAUUGACUGCAAGAGCAUUUUUCAUGAAGUCAGCCAGUUGAUCAGUAGUGGCAAUCCCACUGUGCAAACUCUGGCCUGUUCUAUUCUGACUGCACUAUUGAGUGAAUUCUCAAGUUCAAGUAAAACUAGCAAUAUUGGACUGAGUAUGGAAUUUCAUGGUAACUGCAAAAGAGUGUUUCAGGAAGAAGACCUCCGUCAGAUAUUCGUGUUAACCGUGGAAGUUCUGCAGGAGUUCAGCAGGCGGGAAAACCUCAGUGCUCAGAUGUCCUCAGUGUUUCAGCGCUACCUCUCACUCGCCAAUCAGGUCUUGAGCUGGAACUUUCUUCCUCCAAAUUUGGGCAGACAUUAUAUAGCCAUGUUUGAAUCCUCACAAAAUGUGCUGUUAAAGCCAACGGAGUCCUGGCGGGAGACCCUUCUGGACAGCAGAGUCAUGGAGCUUUUCUUUACAGUACAUCGAAAAAUCAGAGAAGAUUCGGAUAUGGCACAAGAUUCUCUGCAGUGCCUGGCCCAGUUAGCUUCUUUACAUGGACCUGUCUUCCCCGAUGAAGGAGCACAGGUUGACUACCUAGCACACUUCAUUGAGGGUUUACUGAGUACUAUCAAUGGAAUUGAAAUAGAAGAUUCUGAAGCUGUGGGGAUCUCCAGCAUUAUCAGCAACCUGAUAACUGUGUUCCCUAGAAACGUCUUAACUGCCAUUCCAAGUGAACUUUUCUCGUCCUUUGUGAACUGUCUCACACACCUCACUUGUUCUUUUGGGCGUAGUGCUGCACUGGAAGAAGUGCUUGAUAAAGAUGACAUGGUUUACAUGGAAGCAUAUGACAAGUUGCUGGAGUCCUGGCUGACUUUGGUCCAAGAUGACAAACAUUUCCAUAAAGGCUUUUUUACCCAGCAUGCAGUUCAAGUCUUCAAUUCCUAUAUUCAGUGCCACCUGGCUGCUCCAGAUGGCACAAGGAAUUUGACUGCCAAUGGUGUGGCCUCUCGUGAGGAAGAGGAAAUAAGUGAGCUUCAAGAGGAUGACCGAGACCAGUUUUCAGAUCAACUAGCCAGUGUAGGAAUGCUAGGAAGAGUUGCUGCAGAGCACUGUAUACCUCUUCUGACAAGUUUAUUAGAAGAAAGAGUAACCAGGCUCCACAGUCAGUUGCAGCGACAUCAGCAGCAGUUACUUGCUUCACCUGGUUCAAGCGCCAUUGACAACAAAAUGCUUGAUGAGCUAUAUGAAGAUAUUCACUGGCUUAUUUUAGUUACAGGCUACCUCUUAGCUGAUGAUACUCAGGGAGAGACUCCGCUAAUACCUCCAGAAAUAAUGGAAUAUUCCAUUAAGCAUUCAUCUGAAGUUGACAUUAAUACAACACUUCAAAUUUUGGGAUCUCCAGGAGAAAAGGCUUCUUCCAUCCCAGGGUACAACAGAACAGAUUCUGUGAUUAGGCUGUUAUCUGCCGUUCUCAGAGUUUCGGAAGUUGAAUCUCGAGCAAUAAGAGCAGAUCUCACUCAUCUGCUAAGCCCUCAAAUGGGCAAAGACAUUGUUUGGUUUCUAAAACGCUGGGCAAAGACUUAUCUUCUGGUGGAUGAGAAGCUAUAUGAUCAGAUAAGUCUGCCAUUCAGUACAGCAUUUGGAGCAGAUACUGAGGGUUCUCAGUGGAUUAUUGGCUACCUCUUACAGAAAGUCAUCAGCAACCUCUCAGUGUGGAGUAGUGAGCAGGACCUUGCAAGUGACACUGUGCAGCUCCUUGUCACGUUAGUGGAAAGAAGAGAAAGGGCAAACCUAGUAAUCCAGUGUGAAAACUGGUGGAAUUUAGCUAAACAGUUUGCAAACCGAAGCCCCCCUCUGAAUUUUCUGUCCAGUCCGGUGCAGAGGACCCUGAUGAAGGCUCUUGUCCUGGGAGGUUUUGCACAGAUGGACACAGAAACCAAACAACAGUAUUGGACCGAGGUUCUUCAGCCACUGCAGCAGCGAUUCUUAAGGGUGAUAAAUCAGGAAAACUUUCAGCAGAUGUGCCAGCAGGAGGAGGUCAAGCAGGAAAUAACUGCCACGCUCGAGGCCCUGUGUGGCAUUGCUGAGGCUACCCAGAUUGACAAUGUCGCGAUCCUUUUUAAUUUCUUAAUGGACUUCCUUACCAAUUGCAUUGGAUUGAUGGAAGUUUACAAAAAUACACCAGAGACUGUCAAUCUCAUAAUAGAAGUUUUUGUUGAAGUUGCACAUAAACAGAUAUGCUAUCUUGGAGAGUCCAAAGCAAUGAACUUAUAUGAAGCCUGCCUCACUUUGCUGCAAGUAUAUUCUAAGAAUAAUUUGGGGCGGCAGAGAGUGGAUGUCACAGCCGAGGAGGAACAAUACCAGGACCUACUUCUUAUUAUGGAACUGCUUACCAACCUUCUGUCAAAAGAGUUCAUAGAUUUCAGUGAUACAGAUGAAGUGUUUAGGGGACAUGACCCAGGGCAAGCAGCAAGCAGGUCUGUGUCAGCCGCGGAUGUGGUUUUAUAUGGAGUCAACCUAAUUCUGCCCUUGAUGUCACAAGAUCUUUUGAAGUUUCCAACCCUUUGUAAUCAGUACUACAAAUUAAUCACGUUUAUCUGUGAGAUUUUUCCUGAAAAAAUACCACAGCUUCCUGAAGACCUUUUUAAAAGUUUGAUGUGCUCUCUAGAACUGGGAAUGACUUCAAUGAGCUCGGAGGUGUGCCAGCUGUGCCUGGAGGCCCUGACACCACUGGCUGAGCAGUGCGCAAAAGCUCAGGAGACAGACUCACCACUGUUUCUAGCAACACGGCACUUUCUGAAGCUGGUUUUUGAUAUGCUGGUUCUGCAGAAGCACAACACGGAGAUGACGACAGCAGCCGGUGAGGCGUUCUACACAUUGGUGUGCCUGCACCAGGCCGAGUACUCUGAAUUGGUUGAAACAUUACUGUCAAGUCAACAAGAUCCAGUUAUUUACCAGAGAUUAGCAGAUGCCUUCAACAAGCUCACUGCAAGUAGCACCCCACCUACGCUGGAUCGGAAGCAGAAGAUGGCUUUUCUAAAGAGUUUGGAAGAAUUUAUGGCAAAUGUCGGUGGUCUCCUUUGUGUAAAAUAAAGAACAAAACUCUAUGCUUAAUUUAGA